AGAUCCACCGCCAUGUCUAAGAAUAAAGGGAGAGGACGCGCUGCUUUGACCUUUAACAUCGAGGCUAUUGGUUUCUCAAAAGGUGAAAGGUUGCCUGAUGUUGUCUUGAAACCACCACCGCCAUUUCCUGACACCGAUUACAAGCCAGCGCCACUAAAAACAGGAGACGAUGAAGACUACAUGUUGGCCUUAAAGCAGGAGUUUAGGGAAACUAUGAGAAGAAUGCCUUAUUUUAUUGACAAAGAAAAAAAUCAAGAAAUUGAAAGAUACAGUAGAAGGUAUCAGAAGGAUUUCAAGCAAGAGGGUAUAGAAUGGAUACCAGAUUGGAGAAGACUGCCAAAAGAGAUGAUGCCAAGGAGAAGACCCCAAAAAGCAGGGCCAAAAUCCAAAAAGGCAAAACCUUCAAGAGAAGUCACUGCGCUCACUGGUACUACGGAUGUGUUGAAAAAAAUUGAGGAGCUGGAAAAGAAAGGUGAUGGGGAAAAAUCUGAUGAAGAAACCGAAGAGAGAGGAGUCAAAGAGAAAAGGAAAGAAGAUGAUGAUGAUGAAGACGGUGCUGAACCAGAAGAGUAUGAUGAGGAAGAAUAUGAAGAGGAAAAUGACUACAUUGCAUCCUAUUUCGAAGAUGGAGACGAUUUUGGGGCAGAGAGUGAUGAUAACAUGGAUGAAGCCACCUACUAGUUCUAUGUGUUUACAUUAUUUUAUUUAUUACAUGACUCCUAUUUAAGCCAAUCCCUUCUGUUUUCUUUCUAAAGAAGAAUGAGUAGGUACUCUCAGUCCUUCAGUAACAAGUUUUCACUAGGCAUUUUGGAUAGAACAGUCGUAAGGAAUUAAGGCACGUUCUUUCAACCGCACUCGGCUCAUUGGGUAGAACGCAGUGCAGUGUUGGAAGACGUGGUUGUUAGCAUGUGGAUGGUGACAUUCAAGGCAUGGGAAACUUAACACAGGUUUUCUCUGAAUCUGGGUUCUUCCACUUUCUCUAUACCGUCUUGAAAAACUGACUUUGGAUGCGGAGGACACCACAGUCACUUUGAGCAUAGGUUACAGUAACAGUUUACAAUUCAGUUUCUAAAUUACUCCACGGAAAUCUCCCCUCCUGUCCUCUGCUCCAUUCAAAGAGAUUUUAUAAGUCCACAUUGAUUAAAAUGUGCCUAAGCAAGAUUUGCACUUCUCUCUCAGCCUAUGCAUUAUUACUUGAACACAAGUUGCUCUUUUUCAUUUGCUGUGGAAGGUUUCUAUAACCUGGAAACUGGUAUUUCACAGCACAUGUAGCACUUUAAAAACCAAGGAACUUGAAAAGAAUUAUUACUUGAGUAAAUUCUCAGAUCAGGGAGAAAUGUAUUGAUUCUCUUGCGUUUGUUCUGUUGAAUGGUGUACGGAUUCUGUUACAGAUGUAUAAUUUUAUGUGUGUGAAUGUGUACCAGGUUGCUUCUUGUAAAUCUUCCAAUUAGAAAGUUGUUGAAUUCAGUAAAAACUUUAUAUGUUAAGGAAGAUUUAUUGAAUGGUGAAUAAGAAUUCAACCUACAUGGAACUGUGAUCACUUCUGGACCUCCAAUCAAUAGCAGGCAUAUUUGAGUGUGGAUGAAGGAACCAUUCGGUGACUUAAAAAUGCCUGAGAAUUAUUUUAUGUUCUACCGAAGAAACUUACUGAGACUAAUCUGUGAAUGCAAAGGAACCCUGGGAAAAUUGCCUUAUCCCACUAUUCUGUUGUGACUCAGAAAACAUUCAGCCUUGCACAGGGAGGUUUGGAAAAUCAAUAUAGUUAUUUUAAGAAACACCUUAUCUGGGAGUGAACUAUAAAGGCAAAUGGAGAUGCUCUCAUCAGGGAUCAUUCGUACGGGAAGAGUCUCUUUUCUCAUGGUGGAGUGAUUGGAAGCCAAAUGUGGCAUGGUGAAUGUGGCUGAGCACAAAAUAUGUUGAGUUGUUUGUAAUGCAUGAAAAUUGGGAAGAAUAUUUGGGGUAAUUCGGUAAGGGAGGGAAUUCUAUGGGAUUAGCUCUUCAAAUUUGUUUUUCAUAUUUCUGGAAUACACAUAUGCCAAACAUCUCUUUGCUAUCUUAACUCACAUAUUGUGUGAUCAAAAUAAUCUUCAAUCCAUGGACCACUCAUUGGAUCCUACAGGUUCGGCUUGAACUUGGGCCGAGCAAAGCAGUACCUGAUCUGUGCUUUUCCCUCGGGUUAUUUUUCUCUGGUGGCUGCUCUGCCAGUAUGCCAGUUAUGCAGUGCUUUCACUGUUCUCUGGCUUUAAAACCUUUUCUGUCUUGGUUUUGGAUAGUGCCAGGCCGAUGAAGCAAGAGAGUCUAUUUUGCUUUGAGCUGUAUUGCUACUUCUUGGCAUGGCUGUAAGUUUUGUGGAUUCAAGAAAAAGUAUGAAAUUAUGAGAGAAUGAUUAUGAAAUGCUGCAGGAUAGUCACAGUGAGGAGCGUGCUUGGAAUGCAAACUCUUUGGAGUGUCUAAGUCUUAAUUGCUAUCAUGUAUUGGAGACUAAAUUGAAUACCUUGAGUUGGCUGUAUUUUUGUGUAUUUCAAAGAAGUAUUUGCUAUUUUUUCUGUCAAAUUAAAUUUUCUGAUAAGCAAAA